AUGAGUGUGAGAAGAAAUGGAGGAAAUCGCAAAGGAAAAGAUGUCUUGGAAGUCAAUAGCCCCAAGGUUGAGCAGUUAACUCAUGGUGUAGCAGGCAUUAGCCUGGACUCGGCCCAAGAUGACGGAGAGUGGGAGGUAAUUUCCAGGAAAUCAAAGAACAGAGCUGAAAGCGGUACUGCAAAACAAUGGGGUCCUCAGAAUUCUAAUUCUAAAGCUUGGGCACAGUUUGAUGUUCAGAAGCCAAGUAUGAGGAAUAGUGGUGGACCAGGAAGGGCUCCUGGGAACUUCUGGCCAUCACAAACUGCUGAUUCUAAAAAACCAGCCGGAAGAGGAAAUGUAAGGCAGCAGUCUUCUGCUAAGGUUUCCGAAAACAACCAUGUGGCUCCGCAACAAGUAGUUCACCCUCCGCUGGACCACGGAUGGAACUGGCAAUCCAGAGCGGGUUUCCCUCAACCCAAGGGUUCAGAUGAUGGCCAGGGAAACUAUGACAAGGACGGCGAUGUGUCUGCUGCUACGGCUAAUGGUGAUGAUGACAACUCUGAUGCUGUGGGUGAUAGUGAUGAUGAGCUAUUUAGUGAUGAGUUUGAUUCGGAUUCAAGUGAAAAGAGUCAUGAAACUCGAAAGAGUAGCAGAUGGUUCAAGAAAUUCUUUGAGAUUUUGGAUAGUUUAACUGUUGAUGAGAUUAAUGAUCCUGCCAGGCAGUGGCACUGUCCUGCAUGCCAAGGUGGUCCUGGUGCCAUUGACUGGUACCGAGGCCUGCAACCCCUAAUGACACAUGCCAAAACAAAAGGAUCAAAGAGGGUGAUGCUCCAUAGAGAGCUUGCGGAGCUUUUGGAUGAGGAGUUGCAGAGGAAGGGAACUACAGUUAUACCUGCCGGUGAAGCAUUCGGUAAGUGGAAAGGUUUAAAAGAUGAGGAAAAGGAUCAUGAAAUUGUGUGGCCUCCAAUGGUUGUCAUCAUGAACACUAGACUUGAGCAGGAUGAGAAUGAAAAGUGGAUUGGUAUGGGAAAUCAGGAGCUUCUUGACUACUUCAGCUCUUAUGCGGCUGUGAGGGCUCGGCACUCAUAUGGUCCACGGGGACACCGUGGGAUUAGUAUUUUGAUCUUUGAAGCGUCUGCGAGGGGUUAUUUAGAGGCUGAGCGUCUGCACAAGCAUUUUACAGAGCAAGGAACAGACAGAGAUGCUUGGGAUCAUCGUCGUGUCUUAUUUCAUUCAGGUGGGAAGCGACAGCUUUAUGGGUACAUGGCGGUGAAAGAAGACUUGGACAUAUUUAACCAGCAUUCCCAAGGUAAAUCGAAGCUGAAAUUUGAGAUGAGAUCCUACCAGGAGAUGCUUUAUUGUAAUCUAAUCAAUGGACAACAACGUGUUCGGCAUGUUGUUGUAUGUCUUAUUGACAACAUGUAUCUGCAAGAACAAUUUUUCAAAGACCAAAUCAAAAUAAUUCAUGAAUCAAGGGAUGCAAAGGAAGAAAGCUUUGAGAGGCUGCAGCAGGAAGAACGUGACAAGGUGAAGCAGUCGUAUGUCAAUCCUUCAAAUGGAGAGGAAAAGAAAUACAGGUCGGCGGAAAUUGAUAACUUCAUCAAGUCUCAAGAAAAAGAGAUGGAAGAAUUUGUGGAAGAGAGAGAUAUGCUGAUAAAAGCUCAUGAAGAUAAUAAAACUGCAAUGAAGUGGAGGCAUUGGGAGGAAGAGGUAGAACUGGAGAAGGAUUUUGAUGCCAAAUUAACCCAGCUCAUGGAGAAGUAUUCCCCGCAUUGUGCCUGAAGAAACUGCCCAUGU